AUGGACUACUCCUCCAUAGCACACGAUCCAUCUGACCCAGUGGAGUCGUCUCCCUGGGGCUCUCCACGUGCAGAUAGAGAUACUUUUGGCGGUUCCGUACAUGGUGCCGACAUCGUUCCUGCGCCCUUACCUCGGCACCAGUCGCCCUACGAUGAUAACCAUGAUAGCGAACAUAAUGCGGGGAAUGCGCAAGCUGCAGCGUCGGAACAACAUGAUCCAUUGACUCCUCCUCGCAGCAUCCCAUCAAACGAGCACGGCUAUGCGCAACAACAGCAGGCUGCUCCGCAGCCGCAGAAACGGACAGAGCCUCCCGCUCGUUAUCAGACCGGAGCUCGGCAAAACGCUAGGCAGGCUGCGCCGACAUACAGACUACAAGGAAAGAUAACUGCUCUGGAAAGGACGGGCAAGAAGGAUCCCAUUCUCCGAUUCGAUGUUUAUACCAAUAUCCCCAAAUUCCGCACCACGCAAUAUCGAGACAUUCGUCGCACCCACUCAGAAUUUGUCAAGCUCUCUGAACACUUGAUAUCGUCAAACCCCGAGGCGAUCGUACCGGCUGUGCCUCCUCCACUCACUCCGGCUGGAGCAGGAACCGAUGAAGACGAGAUUCGCGUCAAGGCGUCGAUGCAGAGGUGGUUGACCUACGUAUUUAGCAAUGAUGUGCUUGUUCAUGACGAUGAGAUUGUCCUUUUCGUGGAAAGUGAUUUUGGCUAUAGUCCAGUGGUUCGAAUGAAACAACCAGCUACUGGAGUGCGCCGAAAGGUCAUCAAGCAAUUUGCGCCACCUCCAGAUGACACUCCCGAAUUACAAAAUGCGCGUCCCGUUGUCAAGAUGUUUUAUCUCAGUGCUCUAGAUGCUAGUCAAAAGACGGAUCGCGUGGUUAAAGCUCGACGAGGACUCGGCCUUGCGGAGUCUGACCUUGGAGUCAAGAUCGGACACAUGAACGUACAGGAAACUCAUCCUGGGCUAAGCAAUGCCUACCGAAAGCUUGGACGCGUUAUCCAAACAGCCGGCGACUACCAUGCUGCUCAAGCCACAGCGGAAGCUACGACUCUAGGUGAUCCGUUGGAGUAUUACUCUUCUGACGCUUUCAUUGUCAAGGAGACCUUGACGAACCGACAUAUUCUUCUCCGGGAACUGAUUCAGGCUCAACAGACGGCUCGCAGUAGGCGUGCCGCAGCCGACCGUCUAAAGGGCAGUUCAUCUGUUCGCCCAGAUAAAGUGGACGAAGCUAUUAGCGCCCUAGACGAAGCUCUUGGCCACGAAACAUACCUUACUAAGAAGACACAGAGAGUAACCUCGAACCUAUUACUGGAGACCCGACGCUGGUUUGACCGAACCUCAAGUGAUGUCCUAUCAAGCCUUCGCGAAUAUACCCUGCGACAAAUUGAAGCUGAGCGCCGAACAUUAGCUCUCCUGGAGAGUGUGCGGCCUGAUAUUCGAGCGAUCGAUUCGUCUGGUGGACUCAGCCGUCUCGGACGAGAGUCUCACCCUACAGUCCGCCGAUCUAGUCUAGCGUCGAGCCAAGGUCCUAAGGGUGAUGCAUGGAGUGGUGUGCCCCGUCGAAAUGAUAGUCUCAACAGAAGUGUGAGCAAUAGUACAGUUAUCGUGCCUGUUCUUGCUGAUGAACUUGGAAAUGGCGAUGGUACUGGCAAUGGGCGGGCUCGUGCUCUCAGCGGAGUCGGGUCUAUCGUAGAGGAGGACGAUGAUGACAAGCUUGAUGCAAGAAACGCGGCAAGCCGACUGGCGACAAGCACGUUCUGA